AUAUUAUGGGUAAAAUUCAUGAAUUGUCAUCACAUUCCUUGGGAUAGGAGUGGUUAUACAAAUCAGUUCUCGGAAGUCAUUAAUAUCAUUAGCAUAUGUGUCACACAUGCGUGGUGUGUCCUGGUGGUCGCACUGAGGAAGGCUCCUCUUCUUCCUCGGGAGUCUUUCUGAUGAAGGACUGGAAAAGGAAGUCAACUGAUGUCAUCAUCAUCAGUAUUUCUUGAGUGCCUCUGCAAUGCUGCUCCGCUCAGGCCGUGAAAAGCCAUAUCAAAUUCCUCUCCAUGGAAGCCAGUCUGUGGAGAAGCAAUUACUGCUUACAAAUAUGAGAACAGCUCAUGGAAAGCCAGUGUUCAGCCUGCGAGAAACAGUGAAAUGUUACAUACUAACUGAAGACUCAAAAACAGUGCAUUUUGACAUAGAUGAAGAUGGUCAUCAUGAAAUAUCUACCAAGGAUUCACAAUCCCAUGAAGAUAUUGCGUGGUUAAGCGUGUUCACAAGGAAUGAAGCAGCAGUUACUGAUAAGCCUCUUGUGGGAAUAAAAGAUUCAAAAAAUUUGGUGAUCCUCACACAGAGAUCAAAGCUUAAUGAAUUUGUUCUGUUGUGCAAGGGUAAGAAGCAUCUGUCUCUGAAGGUCUUAAAAGCAUCCUGCUCAGAGCCAGAUUAUCCUUCAAUGGAGAGAUGCAAUAUGAAAACAUGCAACCAUGAAGAUCCUGACUUUAAACAGCUGAGUGAAGAUAAUAACUUUUUCAUCAUGCAUUACCAAGGAGAUUCAGUGCAGUUCCAAUGCUAUGAAGAUACAAGUUACUAUCUGUGUGUGAACGACGACUCACUUGAUAUUCGCAAGCUGGAAAACAAAGAACCCAAUGAGGACAAAAAGUUUUACUUCAGGGUGUCAUAUUUACAAGAAAAGUAACUUGUCUAUCUUUCAGUGGCCUAAGUGCCCAUACAGCUCCUAAGAAGAGCAGGAAGUUUGAAAUCAACUAAUUUCUGUUUGAGCUAAAUUCUUGCAUUUUCAUGAUUUCUAAGUCACCAACAUCCUUCAUUUCUGUACUUUCAGUAGCAAAAGACGAAGGCUAAAUUUGAAAAACAUAUGAACUCAUCAGUCUCUGUGUCUUACCUACACAAUUAUGUUUUUAAGGAAACAAAAUAUUCUGGUACGGGAAAAUAUACAGGGGAUAUUUCAAGGAUGGCAACAAUAAAGAACAUAUAUGAAUAUGAUCAUAAAAUGUGCAGUUAAUUC